UACGGGGGGGGGGUGGGGGUGCGCCAGUAGGCAGCACGGACGCACCAAAAUCGCAUAGGGCGCGCGUCGCAACGAGACACCUAGAGGAGCGCAAAGGCCAGAAAAGGUCAAGAAAAGGGCAAAAGGGAGCCGGGGGAGGACAUUAUGGCGCUUAUCCCGUCGCAGAUCCUCCGCAUCGCCAUCCUGCUGUCCUACCUCUCCAUCCUGUGCCACUACAAGGCUCUGGACAUGCCGGCGCACCAGACCUACGGAGGCAGCUGGAAGUUCCUCACCUUUAUCGACCUGGUGAUCCAGGCGGUGUUCUUUGCCCUCUGCGUGCUGAUCGACGUCUCUAGUCUAAUGACCAGAGCCGGCGAAAACCGGGAGCAGGAGAGGCAGCUCAGGAAGCUGAUUGGCCUGAGGGAUUGGAUGUUGGCCGUCCUGGCCUUCCCCUUUGGCGUGUUUGUGGUGUUCACCUUCUGGAGUUUGUACCUUUAUGACCGAGAGCUGAUCUACCCCAAACUGCUGGACAACUUCAUCCCUCAGUGGCUCAACCAUGGCAUGCACACCACCGUGCUGCCGUUCAUCAUCAUCGAGAUGCGCACCACCCGCCAUCGGUACCCCAGCAGGUGGUGCGGCUUGGCGGCCGUCUGCUGCUUCGGCAUGGGCUACAUCCUCUGGACUUACUGGGUGCACCAGGUGACGGGCAUGUGGGUGUACCCCAUCCUCGAGCGCAUCACGUCGCUCGGCCGCUUCCUCUUCUUCUCCGUACUCUCUGCCGUCCUUUGCGUCUUCUACGUGCUCGGGGAAAUACUCAACAGCUACAUCUGGGACCAGCCGCAUACAGCCAAGGUCAAAGGUGAGUGAACUUGAGUUGUGCAUGGCAGUGGAGUCACACACAUGUGAGGUCACAUGUCAAGCUCCGCCCACCAAGACAGCACAAGGAUUGCAGAGGUGUGACCUUUGAACUCCAUCCAUCAGCACCAACAAGCCUGAAAACGGGAACCGGGACACACACACUUUACCCCUUUUCUUUAUUUCGCCAAAGCAAUACAACACACACACACACACACACACACACACACACACACACAAACAGACACUUGCUCAUCAACACAUAGCCAGGUCAAAAUGGAUCUUCUUGAAAGCACAUGGCGUCAUAUGUCAAAUGAGAGGUCUCAACGAGGGCACCACAGUCGUGACUUCAUUUUGUCACGAUUUCCUUACAUGUUAAUGGACUGACUCAAAAACCUCAACCAAGCCACAAGAUCAACUGUGACUCCUACCAAGUCAGAAGUCAAUGUCAAGCGCUUGCACUCUAUCCAUCAAUGUUCUGAUAGUUUGUCCUCAUCGAGGUCAUGGAUGGGCCCCGGUUGACUUUGAAUGAGGAGCCAGGUAUACCCUGGAUUGGUCGCCAGCCAAUCGCAGAGCCAAUCCAGACAAACGGUUUAGUGUCCAAUGAAGCUAGCAUAUAUGACAAGCAUUUUGAGCACAGGGACAAGAUACAAGCGCCACAAACACUGGAAAACUCCAAAGUGAGAUUCAAACCCAGAAUCUCUCAACUGUGAGACAGAGUCUGUAUCCACUUUUUCAGCAUGCUGCUCGUACUCUCGUGGGUCAUAUGAAAAGGUCCUGAUCAGGCUUUCCAAAUCGCUUGUUACAUUAUAUUUUGUACAGUGGUGCCUUGAGAGACGAGUGACCCCAAUUACAAAUUUGUUUUAUUUUUUUUAAGAUUUCUCUCGCGAGCAAAAUAUUGAGAUACAAGUGUGCAGCAACACAUGUAGACAGACAAUAGCAAUAGUCGUAUUCUUUAUCCUCAGCGUAGAAAGAAUGUUACUGCAGUACUGAUGAGCUCAGAGUUGCGACAUCUCAAAGAACAGAAUAUACAUUUGUCGUUUAGUACCCCCGUGUGGCCAAGGUGCGCACACCAGAAAGCAAAGCACAAUGCCGACUCACUUGAUACAGCGUGAGGAAAUUCCUCAGAAUUUCAUUUUGCCAAUCUACCCUUAGGCCAUUUAAUGGCAUUUCAAUUCAUUUCAUUGGAGAAAGACAAUUUUGGACACAAGCGAGUUGUGGGUGUGAUCACAGAACAAGUGAUCUUAUCUUGAGGCACCACUGGACAUUUGUGACAAUGGCACAGUGUUGACCUCUGAGCAAGCUUACAGAUCAACAGUAACACAUUUCGCAUAUCGAGCUCAUGAAGUGUCACUUUCUGGUGGUGGUGAUCGUCAUUGAUCUGCAGGGGGCGCUAUUAAAGCAGCACAUCGAUUCCAAGUUAUACGAUCACACAGGUUGCAUGUUGGAUUCGGUGACAUAUUACACGCUUCGAUGACAUUUGGGGGAUGCUUUGGCAAGAUGGUA